AGGACGCGCGUCCCGUUUUCAAGUUGUGUUACGAAAAUAGUAACGUCUAUCUGACAGUUAUCUAUAUUUGUAUUGGAAGUGAAAGUGACUUGCACAUUGUUUAGUGUAUUCUUAAAUGAAGUGAUUUUAAAGCGUUGAUAAAAGUUUUUUUGAAAAAAUUAUGUUAUGUUCCAAGAGGAUUUUCUGAACGAAACAUAGUGUGGAUUUUAACUUGAAGUGUUUAUUGGAUAAUCCGGAUUGGAGUGACAGUGUUGUGUGACAAAAUGUUUCAGUGACGUGUUGUACUGAAUAGUGUUCAGUGUUGUGUACAAAUAUGUUGUCAAGAUGAAGUUGUGGAAGAGUCUCAAGAUCUCUAUAGGAAGUCGCAGUGACCCCAAGAAUUACUCUCAGGAUUUGCCACAGUGGGGUGGCCAAGGAUAUGAGUUGGAUGUGUUCAAAUCCCAGACUUCGCUGUCGACUGACUCUGGGUUGUGCACUGAACGAGGACUGCGCCGCACCCACAUUGAGCUAAUUAAACCUCCAGGGAAACGCAUCGGACUUAAACUGGCAGGACGUUCGGAACCUGGGAUUGUACCAUCAAUAGUGGGUUUCACAAAAGACUCAGUGGCCCAUGAAUCAGAUCGACUGGCUCCAGGAGACAGGAUCUGCAGCGUUAACGGCAUAUCAACAGCAAGAUUGACCAAUGAUGAGGUGUUACGACUCCUUGACAAUGUGGAAGAAAGAGCGUCGUUGGAGGUUGAAUAUUACAUGCCUAAUUAUGCAUCCCAAAAUUCCCUAUACAUCACAACGAAGCUAGCGGAGGUUCCUGUAGAGAAGAUAAAUGGCUCCCUUGGCAUCACCAUCCGUGGUGGUCUACCAGAGAACUCAGCUCCUAGUGCAGAUCUAGUGUUGAACAGUCGGUCUUUAGACGCCCAACCGCUGGUAGUAACCCAUGUGAGACCUGGAGGUGCUGCGUACAAUACUUCUAGAAUAAAACCUGGAGACAGGCUGUUAAAGGUUGAUCAUGUAUCUCUUACAAACAAAACGCUGUCAGAAGUCCACAAUAUCCUGCAAAACUGUCCACAAGUGACCAGCCUCACGAUAGAAUAUGACGUGUCCAUAAUGGAAUCAGUAAAAUUGGCGACUGGACCACUCCUCAUAGAGAUUGAAAGGCCUUGUAAUGAGGACCUGGGCCUGUUCCUGACUAAUCAGAGGUGUACAGACGAUGUGUACAGUUCUGGUUCAGAUACGUAUCAGCGGGUUGGGACCUGCAAUGCGAUUUAUAUUGACAGCAUAUUGCCAGCCAGUAUUAGUGAUAGAUGCGGUGCUCUCCACCCAGGAGAUCAGAUCCUUGCAUUCGAUGACCACGUGAUUGACGGCAACAACUAUACGGCUGAGGAAGUGAUGUGCUACCUUGAGAACUGUGAGGGAGGAUUCACGAGGCUUCAUGUUGCUCCACGACACGUUGUCGGCCAUUGUGGAAGGUUCACUAGAGAAAAUUCAAUAUCUGGUACAUCAACGUUGAACGCGAAGAAGCAUCGUCAGAGGAACUACAGACAGAGUUCGAUGCCCAAACUAGGUUUACAAGACGAUUAUGAUAGUCAACAAAAUUACAUGAGCAUGGGAGUAUGCAGAACAGAAUCUCUGAACAUACAACUGGAAGUUCCACCUGGUCAGAGCUCUGGUUUAGCGGUUCAUGAAGAGAAUGCUAUGCUUAUCAUAUCACAUGUUGCUUCUCAAUCACCGGCUUACAGAUCUGGUUGUCUUCAACUUCGAGACAGAGUGAUGUCUAUUAACGGUCACGAGAAUUUAACAAUGGAUGUUGCCAACGAGAUCCUGCAGCGAAGAAAUGAUUCCCAUAACCCUAAAUAUUUGACCUUGAACGUGGAAUUCAGUAUGCCUAAUACUAUUGAAGCAUCCAGUGGAGUGUUCAACGUGAAGCUGGCUAAAACCACUGCAGGGUUAGGAGUAACUAUAACAGAUACAACGCUAAGCAACAUGGCUGGCCAGCCAGGCUGCGUUAGCCAAACAGACGUGCAUAAGGCAUGUCAUGGGUGCAAGCAAAAGUUGUUAAGCAAUGAAGAACCUAUGGUGAUAUCCGACAUCAAACCAGGAUCUGUGGCCCAUCGAAGUGGAGCACUUGCGCCAGGGGACCAACUUCUUGCAAUUAAUGGACAACCGCUUCAUAAUCUGUCAUUGGACACGGCCUUCAACAUCCUCCAAAACUCACCUGAAGACAUAAUAACCCUAAAAAUACGUAAGCGAGACCUAACAGAAGACUGGUCUAACAUCCACAAACACAAUGCCAAACUGACUCUUCAAAGCUUUAGCAAUAUAGAAAUAAAGGCUGUUGUACACAGUGGUGAAGAUUCUGGCCAUCAUACAGACAGUCCUAAUAAUAGUGCUAAAGAGAGUGAAAGAAGUCAUGGAAGUAAUGAUAAUGGGAAUACGGCAGUGUUCACUGUGGAACUUAUCAAACAAGAGAAUGGUCCAUUAGGUUUGACUAUAGCAGGAAGCGAAGAUGUGACGCAACCUAUUCUGUUGAGUGGACUUGUUGAAGGUGGUGUAGCUGAAAAAUGUGGUAAACUAGCAAUAGGUGAUGAACUGCUCACAAUAAACGGUGAAAGUGUUUUGAACAAACCAUUAUCAGAAGCCAUUAAACUAUUGCAACAGAGUGGUCAGAGAGUGCAACUGCAACUGUGUAGAAAAGUAACUGGAUCGCUUGAAAGUGCAGAAUCCAGUGCGAGGGACUCGAGUCAUUCUACGUCGAGCCCCGGAUUAUCAAAUGACAGCGCUGUUGAGUCGUGGGAUCAAAAUACGCCAGUCAGGACCAGCGCUAACUGCGUUUACGUUAUAGGUAAUUCAGAAGUAAUAGAAUAUGCAGUGCCGGAUAAGACAAGGAUGAUGGAUAAGCAACCGUACUCGCCAACCGAUGAAGACAAACUCAUGGCUUCUAACUUCAAUUCUGCAGCACCGUACAGCAUCAACGACUUACCACUGCCAAACUAUUCACUAAACAAUUCCUUGAAGACGUUCCAUUAUGAAAACACAUGUAUCAUUCCUGAAAAUUCUCUGAAGAAUAAACAGAACAUCACCAGAGAGGACGAUGUCCAACAAAUUGAAAUUCUCACAUCAAACAUGAAAGAUUGUCAAUUGCACAAUAUGGAAAGGUCUUCGUGUAAAUGCGAUUACGUUCAAAUGGGCCCGUAUGGGAUCGUGUCACCGAAAACACGAAGACCGAAUUGGGACAGUGAUUAUUUAAAUAACGGAAUAUAUACGGUGACAACGCCACAGAAAUCACCCUUAAAGCCUGGGGUGCCUGGAACAAGUUUCCAAUUUUCGACGAGUCCAAUAUAUGAAAAUGAAGUUCCAGGCUUGUACAGCACAGAAGCAGUAUCUCCAGCCCGAGGGUCUAUCCAUCACGUCAUAUUGUACAAGGACGCCAUCUACGAUGACUACGGGUUCUCAGUGUCAGACGGAUUGUAUGAACGAGGAGUGUAUAUCAACCGAAUUCGAAAGGGUGGACCCGCUGAUAUUGUUGGCUUGUUGAGGCCGUAUGAUAGAAUUUUGCAGGUAAAUGGAACAAGGACAGUAGACUAUGACUGCUGCCUGACUGUGCCACUGAUCGCGUCUGCAGGAGACAGGCUGGAGAUCGUAGUGCAGAGACUUGUCACGUCCAGGGAACUAAGGAACCAGCAGCGAGCUGACGACAGCUCAAGCCCAAGUGACAGUAGUAUUGUGACUAAGACAAUAUAGUGCAUAACCCGACUUUAGUGAAUUCACGCCAAAGACUAUGAAAAAAAUAGCUUUAAGUACCUUCUUCAUACGGCCGUGUUAUAAUUUAGUACUUAAAAUAUUGUAAGGUGUAAAUAAUUAUUUAGAUACUAGAUUUAUUAUAAGAAAUAGAUUUGUAAAGGUAAGCUUGGCCUUUGAAUUCAAGUAGAAAUAAUGUUUGAGAAGGCCUAAUGUUUUCUUUUAGUGAAUAAAAUAAUAGUGGUAUGUAUUUUCACGUCGUGUUAUAUUAUUUUUAAUUGAAUUAUCAAUUAGGUAAUGAAUAUGGUGCGUAAUAGUUGUUUUAGAUCAGUGAUUUUGUAAUAAAGAAAUCGGUUAAGUUAUACAUAUAUAUAAAUACGAAAAAACGAAACAAUAUGUGAAAUUAAAUA